AGGAAUGCAAUCAAUUCUAGUAGGAGUACCUCAUAAUUUGAAAAUAAAUACACCAACGUCCUGUAAACAUGAGAAAUUUUUUCUUGUUUUAUGUUUAGCUCAAUGAGAAACGCGGGCCCUCCAAUUUGGCGCGCGGGAACCUGUCCAGUUGCCAAGCGCCACGUAACUAAUAGCCGGAGAAAGCGGAAAAAACCAAGCCAAACGAUUCAUUACAUUACACACCUCCCCUUCUUCUUCCCCCUUCUUCAAUUCAUUUGUUCUGAUUGUCGUAAUCUGCUCUUCUCCAUUCCUACAUUUUCCCCUGCUUCCGAUCGCUGUCUCAAUCUUCACCGCCGCGCCCACACACACACACACACACGUAGUCACAUACGUCGGUGUGUGUGUGUUUCGUUUUUCCGGCGGGGGACAUCGAUUCGCGGUCGCAAUUAACAUAUUUACAGGUUUUCGGAAUAUAUACGUACGAUUUUUUCGUUAUCUGUAUAUAGGACGUAAAUAUAUAUAUUGAGAGGCAUAUGGAGGCGCAGGUCGGGAAAGUGGUGGAGGAGUUGAUACCGGAGGGAGAGGAGGAGGAAGAAUCGGACGACCACCUUAUGUCUACCUUGACAUUGGAACGAGUCGCUGCCGCAAAGAAAUACAUUGAGGAUCACUAUAAAUCGCACAUGAAACUCAUUCAACAACGUAAAGAAAGGCGUUCGGCACUUGAAAUAAAAUUAGCAAGCUCAGGUGUAACAGAAGAGCAGCAAAUUAAUCUUUUGAAAGAUUUGGAGCGUACAGAGACAGAGUAUAUGCGGCUCAAAAGACAUAAACUUACUGUUGCUGAUUUUGAGUUAUUAGAAAUUAUUGGAAGAGGAGCAUUUGGAGAGGUUUGAGAUGUCUAAAUCUAUAAUGAUCUCUUGUGUUUUUUGUCCACGAAACUGAUUCCUCUUUCAAGUCUUCUGUCCAACUGACUCUUUUGGUACUGGAUUUUUUAUGCAUGUAUUCUUUAUGAUUGUAAUUAGAUUUUGAAAUUCUUGCCGCUGUUCUGGUUUUGGCUCUAGUACCAUUCACCUUGCAUUUUUAUUGUUUGCUUGUUUUACCAUCGGCGAGGAAGUGUAUUAUGCCUCUAAAUGGUUAAGGCAGGAGAUUAUGCCUGUAUGCUUAUACAUUGUCAAGUUGUAACCACCAUUAUAUGGUGAUCGUUAUCUAGCUCUUUAGUUCUUUGUGCUAAUAUGGCAGCUGAUACUUCUCAAUAUUUUUGUUCCUGGCUUCUUUAAGUAGCAGAAAAAGAUUGGUUUAGUGGUUGAUUACUCAAUAUUACAGAUUCAUCUUAGACCAGGUAACAACAUGCUCGGCUAGAAUACACUCCUGAAAUUUAAGGAUGAGCUACUGAAUAAAAUAUAGGGCACAAAUGGAAUAAAUGUUUGUUUCAAACUGAAAAGAUAUAUAGACUGCUCUUGCAACCAUGAACUGUUGCAGUUUGACCUGCCUGACAUUUACCUGUUAUCUUGGCCCCUCCACCUCCAUUUUGCUCUAUCUUUGUGUUAUUUUAUGUUCUGUUGGAGAACUCUUGCCAGUUGCAUUGGAAGUUGAACAUAUCGAUGUAUUCUCUUAACUAUCAACUUGUUAAUGAUAUAAAUUCAAAUUUACAGGUGAGGCUCUGUCGGGAAAAGAAAUCAGGUGAUAUAUAUGCAAUGAAAAAGUUGAAGAAAUCAGAUAUGCUUAUCCGAGGACAGGUUGAACACGUUAGAGCUGAAAGAAAUCUACUUGCUGAAGUUGGCAGCUAUUGCAUCGUAAAGCUUUAUUACUCUUUUCAAGAUGAAGACUACUUGUAUCUUGUAAUGGAAUACCUUCCUGGAGGGGAUAUGAUGACUUUGCUGAUGAGAGAGGAAACAUUAACUGAAACUGUUGCAAAAUUCUACAUUGCUCAAAGUGUCCUGGCUAUAGAGUCAAUCCAUAAGCAUCACUAUAUCCAUAGAGAUAUUAAACCUGAUAACCUGCUAUUGGACAAGAAUGGUCACCUGAAGCUUUCGGACUUCGGGCUUUGCAAGCCUCUUGAUUGCUCAGACUUAACUGCCAUAAAUGAAAAUGAAGUGAUGGAUGAUGCAAAUACGAAGGGAUCAGUUGAUGGCAGUGGAUGCUUUCCUGAUAAGGGAAACGGAAGCUUCUGGAAUAGCUCCUCUGAGCAAUUGCAGCAUUGGCAAAUCAACAGAAGGAAAUUAGCUUUUUCUACUGUGGGCACACCGGACUAUAUUGCUCCAGAAGUGUUAUUAAAAAGAGGAUACGGGAUGGAGUGUGAUUGGUGGUCACUCGGUGCUAUAAUGUAUGAAAUGCUUGUCGGCUACCCUCCAUUUUAUUCCGAUGAUCCAAUAACCACUUGCAGAAAGAUUGUUCACUGGAAGCAUCACUUGAAAUUUCCAGAUGAAGCAAGGCUGUCCCCUGAAGCCAAAGACCUUAUGUGUGGGCUGCUUUGUGAUGUUCAAAAUAGGCUAGGUUCUGGAGGUGCAGAGCAAAUAAAGUCACAUUCCUGGUUCAAAGACAUUACAUGGGAUAAGCUCUAUAGCAUGGAAGCUGCAUACAAACCCGAGUUCAAUGGAGAACUGGAUACCCAGAAUUUUAUGAAAUUUGAUGAGGUGGAUCCUCCGCAGGCAAAAACUGGUUCUGGACAGUUGAGGAAGAUGCAUUUAACUUCUAAGGAUUUGAGUUUUGUUGGGUACACUUACAAGAACUUUGAGGCUGUCAAAGGACUAAGGAAAUCUUGUGCUGUAGAUAGUAAAAGCAGCACAUCACCGGGGUUUUUACAUGCUCCUAUCUGCGGUGAAUCAAAAAUGGAGUACUCUUACACAACUGAAGAUGCAGAAGUACUGGUGCAUGUUACAUCGGCUGAUGUUUCUUCAUAGCACUGACAAAUUGAGACCUUUUUGUAAAGAACUACCAAGUUUAACAACCAGCCCUUUUAUAGAUAUAUGUACAUUGUCACUUGAAAUGCACUUUCUGGGACAACCGAGUUUUGAGUUCGAUGACCACUUACCCUGCAGAACGAUCAGACUGUAUACUGUAUAGUACUAACCACUUCCUUGAUGCCCAUCGACUAAUUCUGUAUCAGUCUGAUAUAGUAACAGGAUUGCCAAGAGUUUUGUAUACUAAUAAUGCUAGGCUUCAUUUUGAUUUGCUUAGUUCAUGCAUACAGAGCUGUACAUAUAUUAUUUAGUAGUGGCUGUUUUAUUUUAUCCAUCUUUUUUCGUAUUAUCAUACCUUCUCUUUUCCUAUUCAAGAAUU